AUGAAUUUCGAUGUUGGAGGUCCAUCAUACUUAUCAUCAUCUUCAUCUUCGGAUGAUGAUAAUUUUCUGUCCAAUAUCAUUGCAGAGAUUGAUGAAACCGAAGAAGUAAUUUGUGAGUACAUCAACAACAACAUGAUCCUCGUUAACAAUUUACGUCAACACAACUACCAACCGAUCCAUGGUGGCUCGAUUCCCGGUCAUGCAGUGAUCAACCGCGAUCGAGAAAAUGCGCAUCAGAAUUUGGUCAUAGAUUACUUUGCCGAUAAUCCACGUUUUGGAGAAGAUAUGUUUCGUCGUCGAUAUCGGAUGUCAAGAAGUUUGUUCCUUCGUAUUGUUGAUGCAGUGAAAGAUCAUGACUAUUACUUCCAACAACGAAGUGAUGGACUUGGUAGAAUGGGAUUAUCACCGUUACAGAAAGUAACAGCUGUUUUUCGCAUGUUGGCAUACGGUCUACCAGCUGAUGCUACGGACGAAUACGUUAAAAUAGGCUACUCUAUAUUGGAAAAAAAACGUGGUUUUCCAGGAAUGUUAGGAAGUCUUGAUUGUAUGCAUUGGAAAUGGAAAAAUUGUCCAACAGCAUGGUCUGGGCAAUACACAGGACGUAGUGGGUCACCAACUAUUAUCCUCGAAGCUGUGGCAGAUUAUGAUCUUUGGAUAUGGCACGCAUAUUUUGGUAUGCCAGGCACCAAUAAUGAUAUCAAUGUGCUGGAGUCAUCUAAUCUUUUCUCUAACCUAGCUCAAGGUAUUGCUCCUCCCGCUCACUAUGUUAUUCAAGGAAAAGAGUAUAAUAUGGGUUAUUAUUUAGCUGAUGGUAUAUAUCCGAAAUGGGCUACUAUUGUACAAACAAUCCAACAGCCACAAGGUAGGAAGAAAAAAUAUUUUGCCAUGAAACAGGAAGCAUGUAGAAAAGAUGUAGAACGUGCGUUCGGAGUUCUCCAAUCACGAUUUGCAAUCGUGGCAGGAUCAGCACGUUUUUGGAAAAAACAUGUAUUACAUGACAUAAUGACUGCAUGCAUUAUUAUGCACAAUAUGAUAAUCGAGGAUGAACGUGAUCUUUAUGCACCAAUUUAUGCACCAAUUCAAGAAGUGAGGGAAGCACCAACACCAGAAGUUGAUAUGGUAGCAGAUGAAACUACAAAAUUUACUCAAUUUAUUGCACGUUACGGAAAAAUCAAGGAUAAAGAUGUCCAUAUUGCGCUUCGUAAUGCAUUGAUAGAUCAUCUAUGGGAGGAAUACACUAAUUCAGAUAGUUAA